AGGUGAAGAAUCUCACUGAUCCCGAUGUUCAAAUCCCCCAUCAAGAUGAAGAUCCCUGCCCUUAUCAUUCCCCCCUCUUCCUCACUUGCUCCCACGAUCACAGAACCCCACCCUUCUCUCAACGAAAUGAAGAAUCUCUGCCGGGCUCUCCAAUUCAUCAGAAAAGGUGACCCUGUCAAGGCCAAAAAUGUCCUCAAAGGCAUUCGCCACAAGCACCAAUCCUCGGCAGUUUUCCACCGAGUACACAGUGCAGUACUCUGCCAUUAUGCCACGAAGCUGAUCAAUGAUCCUGAAAGCCAAACAUACCAAUACGACAACGCCCUCGACUCAGCACAUCAAGCUACCAUACUCUCCCCCAACAAUCUUGAGUUCUCUUUCUACUACGUGACACGUCUUGUUUCUCACUGCAAAUAUGAAGAGGCCAAAAAAGAGUGUGAGCGUGCUCUUGCAAUUACCAACCCUGUCGAUUUUUUAAUGGACUAUAUCAAAGAGAGCAACCAAGAAACCUCUACCUUGGAAAGGAUUUCCCUCCACCAAGACUAUCUUCAAUUUCUAUUGUAUGUCUUAAAGAGCCCAAAUCUUUCUGAAAAAUGCAGGAAGACACUGCUGAUUGACCCUGGCAUAGUCCAAAUUCGAACUUAUUUACGGUCACUGCAGACUCCGACAGAAUGGAGAGAUCUUCUCCGGGUGCCUAUUAAGGACUUUGAGUAUAAGACUGACUUCAAAUUCCCUUUUGAAGCUUUAACCUUUAGUCAUGAGAAGCACAUUUGGAAGUACUGGGUAUGUCCUUGCUGCGAUGAGCAAGACUUUAAUGAUGCACAAUUAAUGUGGCAGCAUAUGCUGGAGGAGCAUCUGUACGAACCCCCUGAAGAGUUGCAGUCCUUCCUACCGAAACAACUCGAUCAACAUUGGACUGACAAGAUUGUAAAAGGCAUAUGGGAGCCCAUUGAUAUCCGUGACAGGACAACAAACAGUAACCUAGAAUGCUCAUUAUCGACUAAUACCGAGAGAAGCUUUUUUCUCAAGAGAAUCAAAUGCAAUUUUUGGUUGCUUGCCACUAAUAAUUGCUUGUCAAAGAGCCAUAUUGACAAGGUUUUAAGAUACGUCAUGGGAGAAAAUCAAGUUCUUCCAUCUGUGCAAGACCUAGAGAAUGUUGGAACUGGUGAUCAGUUGAUACUUUGUAUUCGAAUCUUGGAUUCUUUGCAGCUCGAAAAAGUACAUAAUUUCUUGGAGAGUCUCGUGCAAGCUUGUAAUUUAUGCAUACGUGCUGAGCGCCAUAGACCUCUGGGAAAUGCAUUUCUAGAUAGCCCUGGCAUUGGGGUCACUCUUGAUGACAGUUUUUUGCAUAUCGAUUUGGAUCUGAAGCCAUUAUCCAACAGUGAAAAUUCUUUGUCAGCUGAAGACAAAACAUGGAGUUCCCCCGAUGUAAAUCGCGUCAUGUGUUGGUUAUAUGAAGAUCAAAAUCAUACAGAGAAAAUUAAUGCUUUAGCUGCAGAGAGAGAGGUUGAGACUAUUAAUAUUGUUGAAAAAUUGCGGAAUGAAUAUGAAGACUUGUGUAUGAUAUGCAGUAAAAAAAGAAAACUCAUUCAGUAUCAGGAUGCUCUAAACCUCUUCAAAAAUAAAUGUAAGAACGAACUAGCGGAAAGGGCAAAUUCUGCAGAGUAUCUGACACAAUGGAAAAAAGAACUUGCUGAAAAAGCUGAAAGUGGAAACGAUUCAUUGAUCUGUGUUAUUUCUGACAUCCUUACGGAAGCAGAGACUUUAAAUGCAUCCAGAAAGCAGGAUGGUGCUAUAAAUCAGUCUAAUGAUAAUGAUAAAGACAACUCAACAAGCUCCUUAGAUAACUCCUGCAUAAAAGCAGCACACAAAAAAUUAGAGUCAUCAUCAAAUGUAGAGAUUUGCAUAGCCGACGCACAGAUCAUGAAAAAUCUAGCCACCACUAGGCAGUUGCAGCUCAAUCUCGAAAGAGAUUGUACUGUUGAUUAUCGUGUGAUACUUGUACCACACCUGAGAGCUUACAUACAGGAAGCCCUUAAGCGAAGAAUUGCAGAACAAAAAGAGUCUGGAGCCAAAAUUGAAGCCUCUUUCAAAGAACUCCUACAUGAUGAUGAAAAACAGACCGUUAAAAGAGAUUAUAACCGGAAACAAUUACAGGAAACCGCAAGGGGUAAAACGAAAAGUAGUAGUUUCAAAAAAUCUAAACGCAAACAGUCUAGAUAGUCUUGAAUCUAGUUCACUUGUUUCACUGCAACAAAAAAGGAUGAGGUUCUCUUGUCAAUAUUUCAAUAAUUCUUUCAAGAACAAGGAGAUUAGUUCAGGUACAACU